AUGCUAAUUAAACGUUACUUGAAUUUAAGUUUAGUUUCUAAAUUAGGGUAGUACUAACAUUUUGGAGAAGAAUCUUUAGUUUCCUCUGCAUAUAGAUAAGAAACUGCUGCUUGUAUUGAAGAUACAGAGCUCAUAUUUAUAAAAAAAGAUGACUUUAAGGCUAUAGUAAAUCUGAAAGAGGAUAAAAAGCUACUUAAAAAAACGGAAUACAUGAGAAACUGCAUUCUCUUUUAAGAUUGGAGUUUUAAUACUUUGAAAUAUUUAUAUUUAAGUUCAGAGGAAAUAAGUGUUUCAAAAGGGGAAAUAGUUUUUAACUAAGAUGAUAUAUCUUCUACUGUAUUUUUAAUUAAAUCAGGAUCAUUUUCAGCAGUGAAAAAGUUAAGAGUAGAUUUAAGUGAAAAGCAAAAAAUUCCUAUUUAGACUUUAAAAUAAUAUAAAAGUAAAAUGGAUUAGAUGUAUAAAAAUUUAGAAGUUAAAGUCUAUACUUAUAGCCAAUAUGGAAUUUUUGGUGAAGAAGAUCUAUUGUUGAAUUAAAAUAGAACUUUUUCUGUGGUUUGCGAGAGUUUUGCUGGCGAAUUGCUAGUGAUUUAAGCCUCUGAAUUUUUUAAUAAAGUAAUGAAGCUGUCAAGUGAAGUAAUUCAAACAAUACAAAAACAAAAAGAACAAAUAUUUGAGUAGUCUUAUCAAUAGUAAAAAAGAAAUAUUAACAAAUAUCAGAGCUUUAUUAUAGAAAAUAGAUAAGAGACCUUAAAUUAAAUUGAUAUAUAAUUAAAGUAGAAAUCUGUCGAGAUUCUGAAAGAAGAUGAAUCUCAAGAACUACAUUUUAGAAUUAAUUAAGAGUUCCAUCAGUUAAAGAAUAUAGAUCCGAAUGUGUCACCUUCGAUAUAUCCAAGAAAAAAUUUACAUUCAUUUUAUCGACGGAAAAUGUAUUAAUAAAUAAUAAAUAAAUAAAAGAGCUUUGAAAAUCCUAUAUUUAGUCCUUCUAAAAGUAAGGAAGAUAAUUCUCAAAAAGAAGCUCCUGAAAUGAUUUCAAAGCUUAUAGAUAAAAAAAAGAAAGUUUAUCAAGAAAAAAAUAUGAAACCAACAAAUAUAGAAGAAUACGAUGAUAUAAUAGAAAUAAGUCCAAGGACUAAAAAGCAAUUUGAAAAAAGAAGAUCCGUUUUAAAAAGCCCGAAAAGAAAUAAAAGCACUAACUACACAAAGAGAUAAUCAAUUUAGGUACUAGAAAAUUUGAUUAAAAAUGUGAAUAAAAAGUAUCAAGUUAAUGAGUCAUUUUUCUAAAGUGAAGAUCAAGAAAAUGUAUAAAAUUAGAAUGAAAAUAAAAGAAAAAGUAAAAUAGUACUAGCUGAUCUGUCUGUAUCUUUUGAUGUGUCGAAAGAUAAAAUUUUAUCUGUUGAUAAUAGCUCUCUAAAAAAUAUUGAGAAGCUACUAAAGAGAAGAGAUAGUAUUACUACCAGAUUGCUAUCACAUCACACUGAUGCAUCUAAUUCAUAAAUAUUGGAGGAUAUUGUAAAUUUAAAUUAUUCUAAAGAUUUAACAGAUUAUGCCCAAAAAGAUAUUAUUAGAGAGAGUAAAUCUAAAGAGGAUUAACAGUUCUUACCAAAAAUAAAAUACAAAGUUAAUGACUAGGAAGAAUACAUGAAACACCUAAAGCUACAAAUAGAUUCAUAUAAUACUUAUAAUUAAAAGUAAGAUAAAGUACUCUAAAAGUAUUUAGAAAAUAAAAAUUUAAAGGCUACAAAUGAAUACAAUUAUAUAAAAUUAUCUCUAUCUUAAUUUGUAGAUUAGAAUGAAUAUAAAUAAAUAUGUAAUUAGAAUUCUAGAUCUCGAUAUUUAUCAACAAACUCAAAAAAAGUAAACAUGCAAAGUGCUGUCUGGUAAUAUAAUAUUUAGCAGCUAAAUAAGUCUAAGCAAGUGAUUAACUAAGCUCUCAAUAAUAUUAAAAUAUAAAAUGAAGAAAAAAGCCUUAGAAGAUCUAUCCCAAUAAGAAUUAGCUCUUCCUUAUCAAAAUAUUAAUAUCCUUAAAGUUGA